AUGCAAAGAUCAAAAUUAUUCACAUUAUUUAUACUUUUUCUAAUUUGUCUGACUGCAUCCCCUGGCUUAGCCCAACAAAUAAACGACAUUAAUACCUCGACGACAUCCUCACCCACACCCAACUCCGCCGACUUUCCCGAUCCUACUCUUGAUGACAAUGACACAGCUACAAUUGCAACAAUCGCAAAUCCAUCAGAAGAAACCCCCGACGUGAAUGACGCGGAAGCGACUACCAGCACGGAUACUUUCAGUACAGCAACAACGAGUCCUCCCAGUCCAACACCGCAAGCUCAAUCAGGUACUGCAGCGGAUCAACUUGUUUUCGAUGAGAAUAACCAUUACAUAGUGGUGAUGAACCGCACCAACGGAACGGAAUACAACAAACACUGGAAAUGGUUGAAAAAGCUUUCCGACAGUGCAAAGGAACUGUCGCAUUUGAGCAGCAACGUUAAUAAAAUCGGUGACUUUGCUUGGUAUACCGGCGCUUUUGACAGAAAGGCAUUGAAUAAUAUAAAUGCGAGUAAUGUCGUGAAUUAUAUCGUGCCAGAUGUAACAUUUACACCAUACGACAAAAUGCAGAUUUCUCCGCCUAGUUGGGGCUUACAACGUAUAGGUCAAAGAACACUCCCACUCGUCAAUCAUUACAUAUACCCAGAUUCAGCCGGUGAAGGCGUGACAAUCUACGUUCUUGAUACCGGAGUCAACCUCGAUCACGCCGAUUUCGAGGGCCGCGCAACAUUCGGUGCUUCGUUCGCUGGCAACCCCAACGACAAGACCGAUCCUAAUGGUCAUGGAACAUUUGUUGCUGGCGUUGCCGCAGGCAGAAUAUUUGGGGUGGCCAAGAAAGCACGUAUUGUUUCGGUCAGAGCAUUAGAUGCCGACGGAUCAGGCAAAUUGAGUACUAUAUUGAAAGCGAUUGAUUGGAUCGUAAAACGACAGAGCACAUCUGACAACAACAAGAGCAUUGUGAAUUUAUCGCUUGGAGCCGCUUUCAGUCAACCGACAAAUGAUGCGAUACAAGAAGCUAUCAAGUUUGGAAUACAUUUUUCCAUUGCCGCUGGAAAUGAGGGCAAAGAUGCUUGUCAGUUCUCGCCUGCGUCUGUCAAGGGAGCGUUGGUGGUUGGUGCUACUAAUUCCGAUGACACCGUUGCGAAAUAUUCCAAUAUUGGAGAUUGUGUAGAUAUAUACGCACCAGGAACAAACAUUGUUUCAGCAUGGAAAGAUGGAACAACUUCUACGCAUGUCCGAUCAGGGACAUCAAUGGCAAGUCCUCAUGUUGCCGGAGUGAUGGCUCUGUUACUUAGUCAAGCAAAUUACAGUCCACCAGAAUUGAUUGCAAAGAUCACGGAAACUGCCACCAGACUCAAUGGAACGUCUGCUCCCAAAUUGUUGCUCUAUGUGUAUUCCAAUGAUACGAGUGUUGCUAUAGUAGCCGACAAACCAACAGGAGCAGCGUCAAGGCUGUCUUCCUGUUGGGCUAGUAACAUAAUAAUUGUAAUUAGUGUAUUCUUUCUGGUAUUUCGUGGGGGGGUUGGACUAUGA